GGAGGCUCUGGGAAAAAGGCUGGACUUUAAACUAUGUGUCAACCUGCCCACACGUGCCAGUGUAGCAAAAGGUCCUGACGAAAAUGAAAAUGAAAUACAUGCCAGAAGGUAAACAAACAAACAAACAAACACGCACUGCACACAUAAGUUACAGCUAACAAACAAUGUCACUAUAAAAGGGUAAAGUUACAAAUACCCAAUAAUGCCCCUCAAAUAAUGUUGAGUGACAUAAAAGGUAAAAAAAAGAAGGAAGCGGAGUGAAUACACGGUGGCUGCAUACCUCCGUUAACGCCUGGCUGGAAAGCGAAUUUCCUCUGGACUUUUCUCAACUCUAGACGAUGAUGGGGAAGUUCGCCUCUCAAAUGUCAGCAUGGCUCUCAUAUAAAAGUCGCCCGGAAUCGCAGAAGAGUAAUCCCAAGAUGAAGUUAUUUGUUUUCAGUUUCGUCUGUGCAUUUCUGCAAGUCAGUCAUCAAAAUCCAGCCAGCCAGUGGACCAUGAAGCCCCACGUUCUGGUUGUGGUGGUGGAUGGCUCUUUGGGCCAGCAGUCCUUGAGCUGCCUGGAGCGGCCAGAGGAGCUUCCGAGGAGAGACAACAAGGAUGAGGAUAUUUCCUGGAGGAAGAACGGAGUGGAAGAAGCGCAGAGAGGAAAUGCAUAUCUGCUGGAGCUGGAGGAAAGCUUUGCGGGGGGAAACUACACCUGCCACAGCAAGGAUGGGUCUCUCCUCAAUCACACCGAGGUCCUGAUCCAAGAUGACGAAACUAACCGCAGGAGAAUUCUUGUGAAAGCCGACCAAGGGGACUAUUUAGAUUGCUCCACUCAAAAUUACAACGGAGAGUUCCAGUGCUCUUGGACCUGGCACCCCCGACGCGUUAGCAAAGUAGCAUUUAUCAAAGCUCGACGUCUUUCUGACGACAACGACAUCCAGUGUUCUGUGGAUGAAAGCGGUCAACGUUGGACAUGCUCUUCAGGUCAGAGUAACUUCGGCUGUUCAGUGGACGAAAGCGGAAACAGGAUCUUGUGCCUGGACCAGCAGCACUGCCCCUACGCCGAGGAGAGCCAGCAGAUCCACGUCACUGUCUACGUGAAGACGGCGCACUUCCUGGUGGAGAACUACUCCAAAUACCUUUACCUGUCAGAGAUAGUGAAACCCGACAAGGUGACAAUCAGUAAAGUCAACACUACGAUGAUAGAGUGGAGUUACCCGAGCUCCUGGAACAGUCCCUACUCCUACUUCCCUCUCACUUUCCAGAUUGCACAGUUUAGGGGGCGACGCAAAAGGUGCGACAACCAGUGCACUGACCCAAAAGCCACGAAGACCUCGACGGUCCACUCUACUUGUCAGUUCGAGGUGAAGCGAUGGGCUAAGGCCGUCUGCAUCCGGGCUAAGGAUGCUCUGUGUAACUCACAGUGGAGCGACUGGAGCUUUCUCAGUUUGAGGAGUCGCAAGAAGAACAAAGGUCGGAAGAAGCCAAAUCUUACAGUAGAAAAAUAAUCUCUUAAGAUGUCUAUUUAUGUUUUUAUAUAUUUACAUUCAUCUUUUACAUCAUGCAGUUUGUAAUAUGUAACCAUUCUUAAUCAUGAGUGAAGAA